AUGUUCAUGAACGGAGGUGACACUUGCCGUCAGUCCAAUUGCCUACGGCUGAAGUACCCCGCAUUGUUCGCGACCAUCACUUGCAGACUGACCUUCAUGAAAUACAGAAAAAGGCGAUUUUCCCACGUGAUCGCGUCGCAAGGCGGUUCACCUUCCCAGUUCUCAACAGCCGACGACCGUCAGAACCUCUCUCCAUCAGACAGCCUGGUGGAAGUGGACUGGUUUCCUCAA